AGUUGAGAUUUAGCGAGAGAGGGAAAAACUGGUUUAUUUAUCCGAAUAUUAUAUUCGGAACGUACGUGUUUUGAUUCACUCCUAUUAUUAAAUACACAUCAAAAUGAAAGCUCAAUUAUUGGGAAAAGAAACCAGAUCUGGAGAGAUGGAUGAAGAACUCAAGAACUUCAUCAAGGUUUGGAUCUCUGCAAUAAUAUCCAUAGCUUAUUGUUACUACAUAUCAGCUAGAAUCAAAUCUGGUGUUUUUAGAUUGCUCACUGUUCUUCCUGUAUGUGCUCUGUUUCUUGUUUUUCCUCUGUUUUUCUCCUCUGUUCACUUCUCUGGUUCCAUUGCUUUUUUCCUCACAUGGCUCGCAAAUUUCAAACUUAUACUCUUCUCCUUCGAUCAAGGUCCUCUUUCUCCGCUUCCUUCAACUCUCUCACGUUUCAUAUGCUUCACUUGCUUCCCCAUCAAGCCACAACAGAACCCUAAUCCACAAAAUCAAAUCCCCAAAUGGGUUUUCGCCAUUAAAGUUGCCAUAUUUGGUGUGUUGUUACAUAUGUAUGAAUACAAGCAAUAUCUGUCCCCAUCUUUGCUAUUGGUUCUCUAUUCUCUGCAUAUUUACUUGGAGCUUGAGAUAGCCUUAAUGCUUGUCAGAGGUUUGGUCUUUAUGACUCUUGGGUGUGAUCUAGAGCCACAAUCCAAUGAACCAUACUUAGCCACAUCUCUGCAAGACUUCUGGGGUCACCGGUGGAAUCUUAUGGUCCCCGCGAUCUUUAGGGUGGCCGUUUACACCCCGGUCCGGCGACUUGCCAAGCGGAUAAUGAACUCAGAUCAGGCUUUGUUCUUGGGAGUUUUCGCAACGUUCCUUGUAUCUGGUGCGGUCCACGAGCUGAUCUUCUUCUAUAUAACGCAUGAUAUGCCUACAGGGGAAGUCACUUGGUUCUUUGUGUUACAUGGACUUUGUACGGCGGCAGAAGUGGCGGUGAAGAAACAGACGGUGGUGAAGCGGUGGUGGAGAGUUAGUCCGACGAUGUCAGUGUCACAGCUUCUCACGGUGGCGUUUGUGGUUGUGACGAGUGGUUGGUUGUUUUUUCCUCCUCUAAUUAGGAGUGGCAUGAUCGAGAGACUCGCUAACGAAGCCUUAAUGCCCAUUGAUUUCGUCAAGAGCAAGUUAUUGUACUUCGUUGAAUCAUGAUUCAUGGAUGUAUGUGUUUCUACCUAUAGCUGGAGUAUUGAACCAUACUGUAUUACUUUGUGGAAUUUUAGAAUAACACUAAUUAAAGAGAGGUAGGAGGUUUUGUGAUUAGUAAUAAUCUUCCAAAAAAUUGAA